GAUUAAAAAUAAUUUUUAAUAAAAAUUAUUAUACAUUUUUAUACUAGGUAUUAAAACCACACCCAUAUUUCAAAAUGGAUCCCGAAAAGUACUACAGAUUAUCCAUGAGAGCGUCUGUUGCUGCUCUCUGUCAGAGCUUUGGGUGGCACGGAAUACUUGGCGGGACCUGCGAUACCCUAAGCGACAUUGGAGUUAGGUACUUGAUUAAUAUUGGAAGAAAUAUAAGCAGCUAUGCUGCACAUGCCGAGAGAACAGAUCCCAGUCCAUUUGAUGUCCUUCAGGCAUUCAAUCAGUUAGACAUUAGCAUUGAAAGCUUAGAGGCUUAUUUUGAAAAGGUUGAAGCACCUCAGUUACCUGGUACUCCCCCUCCCCUCCUACCUGUUCCUGUUUCCCAGGGAAAGCAUGUGCAUAAUGUAACGUCGAGGAAGGCGUGUCAUCACAAGAAGGGGCCUGUCUCUAGAGAGGAGGGGUCAGCAGGAGAGGGAGAGGAGGAGGAGGAAGAGGAGAGUGAGGAAGAUGAAAUGAUUCCAAUUCAUCUUCCACCAUUACCAUUAGUGACCAAAGACAAAGAAGAGGAACAAGAUGACAAUGAAAGUGGUAUACACAUGAUAACUGAGGACGAUGACACUGCGAUAGCCACGCCUACCAGUCUCAAAUCCCCGUCCGUAACAGGAGGUAGCGCCGGUUUACCGUCGUACGCUCACCUUCGUACACUCAGCGAGGCCGAUGAAGAGGGAGGGGCAAGUAGGAGGAGCAGUUCCUCAGAUGAAAUGUUAUCUACUAACAAACCUACUGAAGUAGGAGGAACUCAGUUAUCAUCUACUGCUAAUUCACCAGCUGCUCCUUUAAACAACACAAACCAUCCUUCUCCUCAUCUUCCUCCUGCUCAUACUGUUCAUUCUAUCUCUUCUUCCCCACCUCCUCCCCCUCCUUCUCUUUCUCCUCAUACUGUUCAAUCUACUUCUCCUUCUCAUAGAUCUCCUCCUCUUUCUCCUUCUCCUCAUACUGUUCAAUCUAUCUCCCCUUCUCCUUCUCCUCCUCUUUCUCCUCCUCAUACUGUUCAGUCUACACCUUCUUUCCCUCCUCCUCCUCCUGAUGUUGUUAAGGAUGUUGUUAAGGAAGACCUUCCUCCCUCUAAUCCACCUCCUUUGAUCUCGUCAAUCAAGGACUCAAAACCGGUCAAACCUGUUCCACGCCCUCUCUCUAUAUUAUCUGAUUCUCCUGUGGGGACCUUGAAAUCUCCUCCUUCUUUCCCGCCCCCUCAACUGCCUCCGUUACACUUGAUGAGUCCAAGGGGACCUCCCCUAUCUCCUGCCCAUGUGUUACCUCAGUUGUCUCCUUUUCACAAGACUCCACCCACUAGUCCUUUUCUCUCAAAAUCUGUUCGGCCAGUUUUGCACCCUCUAAGUGGAACCCAUCAAACUGACGAUAACAGUCCAACUCGUUCCCCCACUGUCAGUUUCCCUUUAAGAACAGUGUCGGUUAAUGUCCCUAAAGUUUAUCCUCCCUCUCCUCCUCGCCCUCUACCUCCAGCUGCUCCACCCUCCCUCCCUCCUUCCCUCCCUUCCUCUCUCCCUCCUUCUCCUCUCCCUCCCUCUCUUCCUCCUUCUCUCUCUCCUUCUCCUUCUCCUCCUCUUCCUGAUCCUAAAAGACCAGAGCCUGUGAAGGCACACAUAGAAAGCGAUUUCUCUUUCUCAUCUUCGUCAUCUUCUCCCUCCUCUCUUGCAGACUCCAUUAAGAUCCCUCUCCCUAGUUUAGAUGAUGAUAGCAAGUCUCCUAUCCCUCCUCCCUCUCUCCUUCCCUCCCUCCCUCCCCUUCCUCCUCAAUCAACUCUAUCAUCAUCACAUCUCCCACCAGUCACAUCUCACACUUCCCCAAUCUCUCCUCAAACUCUUGCUCCACUCCCCCCACGUUCCGUUGGCUUUCAGACCACACCCAGUCAUUCUUUGGUCCCGCCCACUCAUCCUCUCCCUCACUCAUUUGGCUACAGUAAAGACAACUCUCCGUUAUCAAAUCAAGAGGAGGAAGAGGAUACGAGUGAGAGCGAUACUUCUGAAUCGACAGAGUUUCGAAAACCGACUCCUCCUCUUCCCCCAGCUCCGUCUCUGCUAGUAACCUCAGAACCACCUGCCAUUGUUCCUUCUUUGUCUCCUGGACGGCCAUUGUCUCCUCCUCCUCCUCUCUCUUCGCCGUCUCAUUCUCUGUCACUCUCUCCCUCCUCAACCAGCUCACAGAAGCAAAGAUCACUGACUAUCAGGAUAAAGAAAUCAAAUUUGUCCCAAGACCUUUCCAGUAAAGAGCAACAACUUGGGAAAGGAGGUACGACUGAUUUGAUAGUGUCUUCAUCAAGCUACAAGAAAGUUGAUUCCAUUUUGCCCUUGUCUCCUCCUCUUCCUCCUGCUCCUCUCCUCCUCCCUCCUCCUCCUCCGACUAUCAUUACUACAUCACCAUCAAGACUCAUUGGUUCUUCUACUAGUAAGCAUUCUUCCUCAAUCUCUGUUAGCAAGGGAAGCGAAAUGAUUGUCGAGACAGCUUUUAUAAAGAACGUUGAUUCUAUUGAAGCCCCACCAAGCUCUCUUUUAGUCAAGAUACCACUAAAGUACAGGCUCUCCAGUAGAUUGUUGAUGGCUACCAAGAAGGAGAAAACAUCUUCAAGCGAAGAAGAGGAAGAGAGAAUUGAUAAGAAACCUGUGAAAGUUACAAUACCGAGACUUUCGACAGCCGGAAGUAGUGGCUUAGGAGUUAAAAUUAGCAAGGAGCAAAGGAGUGGAGGUCAUGUUGAAAAGAGGAGAGGGAAAGGAAGAGGUUUGAAGAGAUCCAUAGCCAUCGACAUACCUGAUGAGCCAAAAAAGAAAAUCUCAAGGAAUGCUGAGACUAGUAGUAGCAGUAGUUCUUCCAGUGAAAGCUCAGAGGAAGAGAUUGAAGUUGAAUCGUUCGCGAGUCAAAAGAAAGGAAAGAGUAAGACAAAGAUGAUCCAGUCUUUAAGGCCAGUCAAGAAAGAAGGAGAGAGAGAGGAGAGGUCUAAAAGUCCUGGUGGACUUAAGCUUCGAUUGAAACUACCUCAACAGCCACCAGUUAGUACUGUUAGUCCUGGUACCAGUUCCUUGAAGAGUAGGAGAUCAUCAUUAAGAGCAUCAUCUAGUUCAUCAACUGGCUCACUCACUAGAGAGACACUAACAGCUCAUCAUCAUCAUGCUAAGAAAAAGACUCAAGGAGAAAGCCUAUUUGUGAAGUCGUCUCCAUCAAUAAAAGUCCCUUCAAUUAAUAUCAAGAAGUCGGCUCCUAGUCUUGUUAUCACUAGUAGCACUCUACAAGGUGUUGUUGGAGGAGUAGGAGGAGCUGGAACAACUCCAGAGGUAUACAUAUGUCCAAUCUGUAAGAGACCGGAUGAUGGGACUCCAAUGAUCUGCUGUGACAACUGUGACGUCUGGCUUCACAUGCACUGUGUUGGACUGGCUUGUGCUCCACCCGAUAACAAGAAGUGGUUCUGUCCGCCUUGUUCAAGCAAGAAGAGUAAAAAAUUGAAGAGAAGAUGAAAACAAGAGGAAGAAAGAGAAGGAUUUAAAUUCUCAUUUUUUUGCUACAAAGAAUAGAGAAACCAUCCUAAAUUUUUUUUAUUUCGAAAAUUUAACAAUAACACUAAUAAUGUAUCAUUAUUAUAAUAAUUAAUAUUGUUCAACCAAAACGAAAAUUAUAGCCAAA